ACAUUGAAAUCACAACAGCAGUAACUGCAACCACAGACAGGCUUUGGUCCCUGAGAACUCCCGAGAACGUCUGGGCUCUGAUGCCCAACGCCUGCCCCACGAUGGGGUGCCUGUCCACAACAGCCUUGGUCUUCGUGGUUUUGGCUUUGGGGGCUUCAGCCUCUCAGGGAGGACCCAAGCCUUCUGAACAGAGAGAGGUGAUUCCAGAACAUCUGUUUUUUAGUCAAGAAGAAGUUGGCUAUGCAGCACCCCCUGCCCCUUCCAGGCCCCAGAAACCCAUCCUUAAAGACCCCAUCCCAUCCCAGCAUAUAUUUGAGGGACAGAAAGCAGUGGAUGACAUCUUUGAAGACGUUCCUCUGCAGCAGGCACAGAGACCUCAGAGAAUCCCUCUGGAGAAGAAAGUGCCCAUUCCUAACGAAGCCAUACCUCUCCAAGAGGAGGUGCGGCCCUCUCAGCAUUUACCCGUGGAGCAGAAAGAAGUGGAGUGUCCUUUCCACCCUCCAAAGGAUCAUGGAUUUUCCCCACAAGAGCAGAAAGAAAUCGAUCCCUCUCAUCCUGAAGGGCACCCCAAUGCCCAGAGAGAUGAAAUGACAACUCCCCAGAUGAUCAAUGAACAUCCUGGGCCAGAGUUUUCACAUCCCAACAAGCCCCAUCACUGCCAGCAAGAUUCCCACAGCAGGGGCUGGAGUCAUAAACUAGAUGGCUUCCCCCCUGGGCGCCCUUCCCCAGACAACAUAAACCGGAUCUGCUUCCCUGAACGUAAGCAUGUGGUAUAUGGCCCCUGGAACCUGCCUCAAACCGGCUACUCCCACCUCAGCCGCCAGGGUAAUGCCCUCAACUUUCUGGAGACGGGAUAUACUGAUUGCUGCCGCCUCAAAACAAACCAAUUGGAUUGUGCGACGGCUGUGUGGGCAGAUGCCCUGUUUCGGUUCUGUGAGGCUGAGUUCUCAGUCAAGACCAGAGCCUACUCAUGCUGUUCGCAUCAGGGAGAGGCCCGCCUCUCCUGCUUCCAAGAGCACACCUCCCUGCCAGACUACCAGCCUCUCCCUGGGCCCUGCCCCACUCACACCCCCAGGCCUUCCUCUGGCCUGGAGUUGUCCUUCCCCCCAGGAGUCCCCACACGGGGCAAUGUUAGGAACAUCUGCCGUCUACGGCGAUUCCGAUCUCUUCCCCGAGGACUCCUAUCAAUGGACAACAUCCAGCCGCAGCUCCGGGCCCUGAUGCAGUUGGAGGGCAAAUUCAGGCGCUGCUGCCACCAAGGAGACAAUCACACCUGUGCCCGGCAGGCAUGGGAGGAUGUUCUGGACAGUUACUGUGAGGAGGAAAUGGCAAUUAAGACUCAUCACCACACAUGCUGCCACCGCUCACCCCUGUCAGCCCGUGAUGCCUGCUUUGCUCGCCAUGCUCCCUACCCCAACUACGAUCGAGACAUCUUGACCAUUGACCUCAGCCGGAUUACUCCUGAUACCAUGAACCAGCUCUGUGGACACCGAAAGGUGCUCACCAAGCAUAAACAGAUUCCUGGGCUUAUCCGGAACAUGACGGCCCGAUGCUGCGAGCUGCCACCACCAGAACGAGGGUUCUGUGCAGAGGAGGAGAAAUCAGCCUUCAUCGAAGAUCUUUGUGGCUCCCGACGUGACACAUGGAGGGAUACUGAUUUCUGUUGUGAUGAGACCCCUGGGUAUGGACAGACCAGCUGCUUCAAUGCCUACUACCUAAGGAAUGUGGCUUUGGUGGCUGGAGUGGCCCAGAAACCCAAGGACCAGCCAGGGACAGGGACAACUGAAUUACCUCCUGCCAGCCCCACCCCAGAGCACAAAGGAAAAUGAACCACACCUGGCUAAACUUUAGCGAAGUCCCAAAAGGGGAAGGAAACCCCCCCUCCUCUACAAACUGUCUUUCUAAUAAACACACUGGUCUUGGA